GUGUUCCGAACGGACAAUAAAAUUGAUACGAUGUUAACAAGAAAUUUAUUAGGGAUUGUACUUUUAUAUUGUCUGUGUCAUGUUUGUGUAAUUGCAGAUCCAAGAUGUCCACUGCAUUGGAUUAAGAUUGGCACACACUGCUAUCGUACCAGAUAUAAUUAUGCUAUAAAGACUUGGGAAGAUGGUCGACGCUGGUGCCAAACACAAGAUGCAGAUUUAGCCAAAUUUGACAGCGUUGAACAACAGGAUGAAGUGAAAAACUAUGAUGGAUUAUUAGCUAUGGGAGUAUCGUUUUGGGUUGGAUUACAUCUUGUUGGAGAGGACUGGAAAUGGGCCGAUAACUCAACUGUUGAUAGCCUUGUUCGUAUGCGUGCUAAUAAAAUUUUGAUAGGAGGAUAUAAUUGCAUAAAGCUUGAUAAUAGAAAUGGAAUGCUGGUUGCCAAAUGUCAUACAAAAAGAGGUGUACUGUGUCAGCGCCGAGCUGGAAAACAGAUCAGAUGUAAUUCAGCGGAAGAUUGGCAAUCAUAUGGCAACAAAUGUUAUAAAGUAACUGGCCAUGAACAGAAAGGAAGUUGGAAGCAGGCAAAGUUGUUUUGCAAUACAAAGAACGCAACUGUAGCCAGUCCUAUGUCAUCAUCAGAACAAUAUGCACUGUUUGACUUCGUACAAAAUAAUGGACAGAAAUUAUGGAUUGGCGUUCAUAGUUCUGAUGACCGAUUCAACAAUCAGUGGAUUUGGACUAAUGGGUCUGUUUUAGAUGAAGGAUUCUGGGAAGAAACUAGUUCAGCUACUCUUGAAUCUAAACAGCAAAAUUUAUGUGCAUAUAUUAACCCCGGAAGUACAAAUUGGACACGAUCAUGGAAAGCUGCUUCAUGUGAUACUAGAAAUGGUAACAUAAUAUGCGAAAUGAAAGCUGACAAGGCAAAAGGAAAUAAACUCAUAGAAGUAAAACAACUUAACGAACAAUUGUACGGAAACCUUGAAUACCACGCAGAAAAAAGGACAUGGUAUGAUGCAGAGGCUGUGUGUUCCGCUAACAGAGGUUUACUAGCAACGAGGAAUGAAACAUUUCCAUAUGACAGUAAUGCAUGGAUCGCAGGAAUUAUUAAGAAUAAUUCGUUCACAACAGCUGCUCCAACUACUGUGCCAACAACAAAACGUCGAACAGAUAGUGACGAAUUAGAUGAUUAUGUUAUUGGAUCGUACGAUUUGUGUCCUUUUGUCUCUACAACCGGUUACAGUUUUGGGGACUGUAAAGUAACUAGGUCCUUUGUGUGUAACAUCAGUAUAAUAGCUGCUCCGCUGUCAAAUUCACCGACAAGUCCUGCAGUUGUUGCUGUGUCUAUUUUGCUGGUGAUAAUUGCUAUAUUAGUCGUCCUGUUUCUUGUUCUUUGGUUAAGAAGGAAAAAGAGAAAAGACGACAAAGAAAUUGAAGUAUCUUGUCCCACAAUAGAAAAGACUAACGGUGCUUUACCUCACGAUUAUUCAAAAGAAAAUGGUUCAAAGACAGAUUCAACUGAAAAUACAUACAACCAUACUACUUCCUCAAAACCUGUUACAAAUAAUAGCAGCAAUCAGAACUUGUAUGAUCAUUGUACCAAUGUACCAGAAGACACAUACGAUCAUACGGAAACAACAAACAAUGGCUCAGGGAAACAGGCAGCUGACUAUGGUUGUGUUGACUUAGAUGAUGAUCAAUACAAAUCAAUUGAUAGAACUACUGGAUCCCAAAAUGGUACAACAAAGUCAAACUAUAAUGAUGUGUAAAUAUAUUUGCCACGUGAAUUUUUGGAUUUUGUUAUUAUUGUGUAGUGUUAUUAUGCGGUUCGUGAAUACUCAUAUUGAAACGUUCUAACAUUAAAAUUAUGAUGUAUCUAUAUUGCUGUGCAUUUUAGCUUUUGACUGCUGUCAGUUAAACAUUGUUAUUAUCUGCAUAAUUAAAAAGAUUGACAGCAAAACACACACAUUGCUUGAUCAUAUUUUACAAAGUGCUAUUUACAUUGUAUAUAUGUUUGUUCUUUAUAAUAGAUACGAAGUUCUACAUUGAAAAAUGCAUGUGUAUAUUCUGUUCUCAAAUUUUUAGUAUAGUGAAAAUGAACAGGCAUCGUUGUUGCUUUGUAAAGUGUUGGCAUAUUUUCAAUUAAAAAAAAAGUUUGAUACUACACAACGUU